AUGCCUGCGUUGUGCCGGCUCCUUCAAGUAUCAACAAAAAUGGUUCUCAGUCCCCGUGCAGUGGCAGCUUCAGCUGCACCUAGCUCUAGCCUACAUGCUCUGAACUCCAUUUGCGGGACUAAAGAACACUUCCCGGCUCUUCGUUCAACUAAGGCAGCGAAGGCUGUAUCUUAUUCUCCAUGCGGGAGCUAUGUUCCUCUCACCCCAGAGGGCUCGCACCCUAACGUACCUAUGCCGAAGGAGGCACUUCCAUCAUCUUCAGGCUAUCUUCCCGUCAGCACGUCCACUCCUGAGUCUCGAAUGUUCUAUACAUACUACGAGGCGACGGAACCGUCAAGAUCGCUUGCAGAGACUCCGCUUCUUCUUUGGCUUAACGGUGGUCCGGGUUGUUCGAGUAUGAUCGGCAAUUUCUAUGAGAUUGGUCCCUGGAAUGUCGCUAUAACAGAUGACGCCAUUGACAGCCUUCACCUGAAAAAGAAUCCAUGGGCGUGGAACAGAAGAUACGGCCUGCUAUUUAUUGAUAAUCCGAUUGGCACAGGGUUCAGUGUCGCGGGAAGCAUCGAGGAUAUCCCUCAAGACCAGCCUACAGUGGCAAAGCACCUCUAUAAUGCCCUAUCAGCAUUCUUUGACAUGCAUCCGAGCUUGUGUGGCCGUCCAUUCUUUGUUACGGGGGAGUCAUAUGCUGGGAAGUAUGUACCUGAGCUCAGCUGCUUGUUGAUGCAGCAGCAGCAGCGAGACCAGGGCCUUCCAGUGGAGUUAGCAGGAAUUGUUGUCGGGAACGGUUUCACAGACCCUCGGAUACAGGUUCAAGUUCAUGAGCAUGUUGCUAGGGCCUUCAACAUGCUCACUGGCCGCCAGGCAGACUAUGUGAAGGAAGAGGCCAAAAGAGUGGUUCAACUCAUAGACAGGGAAGAAUGGGAAGAGGCUCAUUAUGCACGCACCGCACUGUACAAUGCCAAUGUCUCAACCUAUACACAUAACUCGCUUGAGCAGGAUACAAUGAAGAGCAGCAAGAAAGCAUUUGAGCAAGUGCUUUCAGCAGGUGUCCCUGUGCUGCUGUUUCAGGGCCUGUUUGAUGCUAAGGAUGGCCCUACCAGCUCUGAAGCGUGGAUGCGCACUCUGUCCUGGAGUGAUGCAGACAGAUUCUGGGAUGCCGAGCGAGUGGUGUGGCUUGUAUGCGGAAGGAGAGAAGGAUAUUGGAGACAGUGGAAGAAUUUGACUCAUGUGAUUGUGACCGGUGCUGGACACCAAGUGCCUGCUGACCAACCUGAGGCUGCAGCAGCCAUGAUCGAGACAUGGGUGGAGCAACACAUCUCACUGGGAAGGCCAAUCUCAGAGGUGCAUAUCGAUCAGCCCUUAGCUGUGGGGAUUUAG